AUGGCGACUUACAUGACCCCUCCUCCGGGACUUCGACGACAGGGGGAGAAUUUAGUGCGUCAUCUCCACAAGUCACUCUAUGGACUCAAACAAGCAUCAAGGCAAUGGUUUGCCAAGCUCACCAAGGCCAUUCUUGCAACUGGUUUUAUACAAUCCAAAAAUGAUUACUCACUCUUCACACGCAAGGAUGCGAAUUCAUUUACAGCUCUAUUAAUUUACGUUGAUGAUAUCUUGCUUACAGGCAACAAUAUUGAAGCUAUCAACUCCAUCAAAGCCUUUCUUCAUACUCGCUUCCGCAUCAAAGACCUUGGUGAUUUGAAGUACUUCUUAGGUAUAGAAGUUUCUCGAUCCAAGAAAGGGAUAUAUGUUUCACAACGAAAAUAUGCCCUUGAGAUUUUAAAGGAACAUGGCUUCCUGGGAGCACGACUAGUUGAGUUUCCAAUGGAGGAAAUCAAGCUAUCUGAAAAGGGUGAAUUAUUAAAAGAUCCAGAGAAGUACAGAAGACUAGUUGGUCGCUUGAUUUAUCUCACCAUCACAAGACUGGAUAUAACUUACUCGGUUCAUGUCCUUAGCCGUUUUAUACAUGAGCCGCGUCUCUCACAUAUGGACGCUGCACUCCGAGUUGUUAGUUAUCUCAAGUCCACGCCAGGCCAAGGUUUGUUAUUUCACAACAAUAAAUUGGAAUUAAUUGCUUAUUGUGAUUCGGAUUGGGCUGGUUGUCCCAUAACUCGUCGUUCAACUACAGGGUAUUGUGUAUUUCUUGAAAAUUCUUUAAUUUCUUGGGGGACGAAACGACAAAAGACUGUCUCUUUAUCUUCGGCUGAGGCAGAGUAUAGAGCCAUGGCUGGUACGUGUUGCGAAAUAACUUGGUUACGUGCAUUGUUAAGAGAUUUAUUUCUUCCUUUAUCCGGUCCAUCUGUUAUGCAUUGUGAUAACCAAGCUGCACUACAUAUAGCAGCAAAUCCGGUGUUUCAUGAGAGAACUAGGCAUAUUGAAAUUGAUUGCCAUUUUAUUCCAGAUAAAAUACUUGACGGCACUGGUACCAAAACUGUCCAUGAUUAUACCAUAGAAUUUUUUAGGCUAGUGGAUCGUAACAAUCUACAGGAGACAGAGAGACAGCAAGUGGCAAGAUAUUUGAAUGGGUUGAGGGCUUCAAUACAGGAUAAAAUUGGUCUUCAAGUAGUUCAUACCGUGGAAGAAGCUUGA